GCAGAAUCUGAGCCGCCAGCCGAGGCGUUACCAUCGUUGAUUUCGUCUUGGAACUCCCCUCCGACCUCCCUCAUUGCAGGGGGCAUAUGGCGACGACAUAGCCAUAGGAGUGAAGAGUUGGGCGGAGGGGCGCAGCCCCCACCCCAGUAGGCAUAAGAGUUUGGAGGACGAACUGGAAGAGCUAGUCAAUAAUGAACUGUUGAUAGGCGAAACCCGAGGAGAAGUGAGGACACAGGACUUGGAGGAGUAUAUCUCAAGAGGACGGGGUGGAAUACAGAGAUGGAGAGCACACCAGGAGGGGAUGGGAUAGGUAGAUCCCCUCCACCAGGUCCGCAGGAGGAGAGGGACUACUGGGAGGACGAGGAUAGGAUUCGGAGCCUGUUGACCAUGUGCUUCGAUGACGGAGUGUAUCCCAUGGAGAUCGAUCCAGCGGAGAUGAUAAUUGAGGGGAGAGAAGCAAGAUUUAAACUCAACACAUCCCUCGAUGAGAUCAAGGUAAAGUGGCUUAAGGAACGUACGGUGACGGUAAUAUUUAAGGAGGCGGCGAGAUUUUUAGCGAAGAACGUGAAGGAUGACUUGGUGCGUGCGUUUGAAGACGGCUGGAUUCUUGGUAAUGCCAAUCUGCAACAAAACUCCCGAAGAGGGAGACUGAAGAUAGAAGGCCCAGGGGUUGCCUCGUAUGUUGCGAAGGCGAGGGAGGUGGCGGACUGCAUGAAAUCGGAGGGUCAAGUGGAUAUAACGUUGGGCACAAACAGGUAUAAAAUUUUGUUUAAACCCUGGAUGACCAGGGCAGAAUUCAGGGAGGAAAGAAGGGAAGAGGAGGACAGAACCUUCUGGGUCAUGGCCAUGCAGGUCCCGUUGGAUGACAUGCCCUUCAUCUAUGCUCAAAUAGAGAAGGCUAUUGGGAAGAUAAUAUUAACGCAUCCAACGGACGCCGAUCCAUCCAGACCAGCCUUGGUCAAUGCCAGAUUUGACUUGGAACUGGAGGCGCGACCGAACAUGAAGGAUGUACUCUGGGUGGAGACAGCGAAAGGGAAUCUCCUGGAGAUUAAGCUCGCCUGCUCAGAUACGAUCAAGUGCAGAACCCGUAGACAGUUUUUUCAUACAGAGCAAGAGUGCAGACGAGGAGGAGGGGCCCGAACGCGUGGGCCGGGACCAGCGCUGUCAGGUACAAUCAAUAUGCAGCAGCGAGGACAGGCCAUGUCAGCGCACGCUGGUAAUUAUCAUGGCCCGAUGGGCCCAAGACCGGCAACACCGAGACAGCCAACGGGAGCGUCGCAUCCAGGGCAGUUGCGAGCAAAUCCAGUAUUCUCCCCCCAGGGAGGAACGGGAGGUCAACAGCACGCGAGUACCUCUCAAGGAGGUGGAAUCCCGAGCCAAAACGUGGGGCCGUGUCCUCCGUGGGGCUCUGGGAAUACGUGGGGGCAGCCAGUUGGCGUGGGAGGCAUGCCAAGUCAGGGGGGAGCAUUCAAGACGGAUUAAUGGGUCAGACGGCCGGAGGUGUGGGGAUCGGAGGAAGCCAUGGAGCCGCUGGUGACUUGUAUGCUCAAGCAUUUCAACCGAAC